UGUAAAACGAUACAACAAAAAAAAAAACGAGAGCUAAUUAUAUAUAUAUAUUUUUAUUGUUUACACACAAUCUCAAAAGAAGAAAACACACACUUAAAAAUCUAAAAGAAACAUCAAUUGUAGCAUCUAAUACGCUGAAUUUUUAAAACUAGAAAUCAAGAAAACUUCCCCUCUAAAACACAAGAACUCAAAUUGUAAAAGAAAAGAAACCCCCAAACUUUCAAUUUCGAAGUGGAAAAGGUUAGGACUGCUCUUUUUUCUGUAAUUUAUUGUGUAUGAGCAUCACUAUGCGUCAAAAAGAUCUACGCCCAGCCCCAGCUCUAAUAGAGUACAAGGGCAUGAAGUUCCUAAUCACCGAUCGACCAUCAGACAUAACAAUUAAUCAUUAUAUUAUGGAGCUUAAGAAGAACAAUGUGAACAUUGUGGUGCGUGUUUGUGAGCCCAGCUAUAAUACAGUGGAGCUGGAGGCACAGGGCAUCAAUGUCAAGGAUUUGGCCUUUGAGGAUGGCACUUUUCCGCCGCAACAAGUCGUUGACGAGUGGUUUGAGGUCUUGAAGGAUAAAUAUCAACAAACUCCAGAGGCCUGUGUGGCCGUUCAUUGUGUGGCUGGUCUGGGACGAGCUCCUGUUCUGGUGGCCCUGGCCCUGAUCGAAUUAGGCUUGAAAUAUGAGGCCGCUGUGGAAAUGAUUAGAGAUAAACGACGUGGAGCCAUCAAUGCCAAGCAGCUAUCAUAUUUGGAGAAAUACAAGCCCAAGGCGCGGCUAAAGCACAAAAAUGGCCAUAAGAAUUCAUGUUCUGUGCAAUAGAUUUCCAAACACCAUAUGUAUAUUCCCACCAGAUAAAAAGUGUUCAUUUUUUCAAAAAAAAAAAAAACCAAGAAGAAAACAAAGAAAUAAGAAAAGGAAAGUAAAGAAAAUGUGGAAUUAAAACAAAAGAGAGAAUUCAUCCGCAAACACCACAAAAAUC